GAAACUGGCUGCGCACCGGAAGCUCGGCACAGGACAGGGAUCGCCGUGACGCAAUCAUUUCUCUCGUGUUGGACGCCGUACUUGCCGUAUUCAUCACGUUGUAUCGUGUAAUUUUCUGCCGUUAAUUUUCCUCCAUCAUGAACGGCAUCGUAAGGAGCGCGUUUCGCACCACGGCAAUCCGCGGCAUGCUGUCGUCCUCGAGCAGCAGCAACCGCAGCGGCCAACCCGCCAGGGCUCUGUGGAACGUGUGUGGUCGCCGGCAAAUCGCCGAGAUCACGCCUCUCAUUUCCACGCCUAAACUGCAUGAUCUCCGCGUCCAAAAAUGUUACAGCACGUCGCACACCAAAGCGGAGAAGGAAUUAGUAGAAUUUCUGGCUGAGGAAAUAGUAGCGGAAAAGAAGGCACAGAAAUUGAAGAUGAUACCGACAACAUUAGAUGGCUUUUCAUUGUCCCUCAAUGGUGCUGAAGUCAGUCUUGAAAAGAAAGACGGCACCGAUACUAUCCGUAUUUCAUUUAAUGUGAACCAUACAGUAGACGCAGAUACUGAAACAGAAAUGAAUCCUUCUAGUGAUAAUGUAGAUAUUGGCGAAAUGAAGAGCAAGCCGAAUUUUACAGUAGAUAUAGUGAGGGGUAAUCAGACUCUAGGUUUUUCAUGUUCUUUUAACAACCAAGCUGGUGCAUCAGGUGCCGAUGAUAAUUUUAAUGACAUAUUUGGUAUUGAUGAAAUCACGCUAUACGAAGGCGAACACAAUGAAAAAGUAUACUCCGUAGCUGGUGAAAUCGUCGACGGGUAUCUGUACGAUCUACUGAUGAACUACCUCGAAGAGAAAGGUAUCUCAAACGAAUUUGCAGAGAAACUGAUCGAUUUGAGCACAUGCUAUGAGCAUACAGCCUACGUUAGCCUAUUGGAGGGCUUAUCAAAGUUCACAUCUGGAAAGUAAUUCUAGAAAUUAAUAUUAAGAUUAUCUGCGAUUUUCAUAAUAAUGUGAUUCAUAAGAAUUGUUAAUAAAAUUAUGUGCUGACGCGUAUUUUUACUGAUUAAUUUCCAAGCAUUCAAACAAAAUGGAGUACGUUAAAAUU